UCUGAGGCUAGCUGUAGUCGUCUCUUUCGUGCCGUUCCAGCUCGAUGCAUCGUCUCUUUUCUCCCCUCACGCGCGUGCCGUGCAGGUCGUGUGUGUGUAAAAGGAGGUACUGGUAGAGGAGUGGGAGUGGAUCUCCACUCCGCCAUAGCUAGCAGCUUCAACCUUUGCCUGCCUGUCUGCCUGUAUCCCAAACGUUCAAAACCCAGGAGCCAUUAGCCCAGCAACCAGACACCCUUGUCAUCUUUUUUUUUUUCCCUCUCUAUCUCUCUCGUUCUACAGCUGAAAGCUGUACUGGUUUCUUACCUUCCCUCACGUUCUCACACCCAUAUUUAAUCCUCCAUUAUUAUUAUUUUAUUAAUUAUUUUUUCAUCCCUAUAUACAAGAAGGGCUCACCUCUCCUCUCCCCUCCCUAGCUCUCAGAAUUGAAUUCCACCGACCCACGCACAUCUUUUUUUCCCCCUCUCCACCACCGUUCCAUUUUACCUCCACCUAUAUAGUUCUCCAGAAUUGCGCCAUCCCUCUGUCUUUAGGAGUACAGUGAAGUGCACAUCCAUAUAAUUGCGGUGGUGCAAGGCAGGCAGCAACUUUCUUCCUCCUCUCCGUCUGCUCUCUCUUUUUCCUGCUUCUGGAGCAACCAUGUCCAUGCAGGAGCUGUACUAGAUAGACUUAAGCUCGCAGCUGCUCCCUACUUGCAUACACACGCAUUCAAAUAGCCAGCAGACAGGCAGCCUCGCGAUCGGCAGCAGCAGCAGCAGCUAGCAAGUUAGAGUGCAACUGGAGGUAGCUAGAACGGAAGCAAAAGGAGCUUCUUUUUCGUGAGCCAAGCAAAGCUGAUCGAGGGAGAACCAGCCCCGGUGUUGAUCGAUCGGUGUGCGAGGAAACAGAGCAGUUUUUUUCCCCACACAGGUGAGCCUAGCCUCGCUGCUGCAUGUGAUGUGUUCCCCGCUUGCCGUUCUUUCCCAUUUCUACCUGCAAAUGGGCCGCCGGUUUGUCUUCAAAUUCAAAAAUGGCAAGAGAUGAUCGGAAAUUCAAACGCGCUUUGCAUUUUCGCGCGGCCAAAAUUCAUUGCCAUGUUUUUUGCACCAACUCUCCCGUUCAUUGCUGCUUCAUUCGUCUUCCCGACGAAAAUUUGAAGGUUAUCAGGAGGAAGAGGAAAGCCUCCGGUUUGGACUCUUUCUCAUCAAUUCUGAAGGUUUCCAAUUUUUCGCAACCAAAUUCAAAACUUGUGAGCGUAAAAUUGAAAAAAGGGGGAAGCUUCCGAUUGCAGCGUCAUGGUGGGCUACUAGAUAUUGGAUAGAGUCUGGAAAAACUGGAUGGGAUUGUCAGAUUUCACACGUAUACUGUUCUUAUUCCAAGCUUUUUCCACCGCGUCCCUGAUUUUGUACUUUUGCAACCCCCAUAAAUUUCCAGUCUGGAUUAUCUGGAAGAAGACGAGGGACGCGGUGAGAAAAAGAAAAAAAAUGUGCAGACUUUGGAGGAUAAAAUUACUUCAUAAUAGUACCAACGCCGGCAGCUGUAAAAAAAACUAUAAAGAUUCUUUCCAUUGCCGCCAUGGCAAGAUUCGUUUUGCAUGAUCCGUACUUGCUGAUCGGAAUGGCCGCGCGAUUGAUGCGCAGAAAGAAAAUGAGGAAUUCCUCGGUUUUUUCACCCGAGGACUUUGGCAAUAAUUAGAUGCUUUUACCGAGGGAGGGGGCCCUUUGGCCAUGUGGCACGCCAAUGACGCGUCCGGGCCAAUAGUCCGCCUCCACGUCAGCCAAGCUGCUUUUUGACAAAUUCCUUGUGCUGGCCGCUUUGACUUUUACUACUACUACUCCUCCACCUCAUCCUUGGUGGUGAAUCAAUCAAACACAAGAGAAACGCCGGCCCUGAUUUUUAUUUUCCGUUUACUACUAGUAGUAGUUACUUUUAUUAUUUAUAAGGUAUUUAUUUUUCUUCUCAAGGAAGUACUACUAUACGCCACCAUGUAUUUAUACAGUAGCCAAUGCUAGUUGCUUCAGAAUAAAGAAAAAGAAAAUUCACCCGUCACAUGCGGGGUCACAUGGCGGGGGUGGGUGGGCCCCACCCGUCAUCAUGCACCGCAUACAUAUGGAGCCCGCUCCUGCCGUCACUUUGAAAAUAUAAUCUCUCUCCUCUCUCCUCUCUCUCUCCUGCAGCCUUUUUGAUUUACACCUCACACACGCAGAUAGAUAGAUAGAUUGCCGUUCUAGUAGUAGCGGCAGUAGAUUAGAAACGCCUCGUCACCUAUCCAUUUCUGGCUGGUAGUGGGGUGGUGUUUUUGUGUAGCCAUUUAUACGAAUUUCAUCGAAUCAUAUCUUUGGAAUUAAUUGAUAUUUUGUUUUCUCGAAUAGGCUGCGUCGUUGCGCAGAUUGUGACUCGGUAGGCGGCAAUGGCGGGCGUUGGAUUCGUGGAGGAGAUGCUGCGGGAGCAGAGCCUCCUGGAGGCGACGUGCGGCGACCUGUUCGACCACAUCGAGGACCUGCUCGACUUCCCCAAGGAGGAGUCGGCGGCCGACGUGCUCCUGCUCGACGCGCCGGCGCCCGGCAGCCCGCUGACGUCGCGCAUCAUCGACGUCGGCGGCCGUGGCGCCGUGGCGGCGGCGCCCCCGCCGUCGGGGCAGAUGAUGGCGCUGCCUCCCCCGCCGGCCCCCGCCAAGGACGACGCCGCGGGGCUGUUCGACGCCGUGGCGUUCGACCGCAAGGACGCGCACAUUGGCUCGUGUGAUGACCUGGACAUGGACAUGGCGCAGCUGGAGUGGCUGUCGGAUCUGUUCGACGAUGGAACCAUCCCGCACGAGCCGAGCUUCCCCGGGGCCAACUGCGCGGCGCCGAUCAAGGCGUCCGCGCUGGCGGCCAACGCCGGCGUCGUGCUGCCGGACAAGAUGGAGGAGGCGCUGUUCCGUAGCUCCAGCCCCAUCUCGGUGCUGGAGCACAGCGGGUUCAAUGCUGCCCCCAAUGGGGGGUCGUCGUCGUCGUCUUCGUCGUCGGCGUCCUCGUCGUCGGAGUCGUUCUCGGGCAAUGGCCACGCGUGGUCUGCCCCCGUCUCGCCGCGCCCGGAGCCGCCUGUGCUCAUCAUCCCGGCGCGGGCACGCAGCAAGCGGUCCCGCCCGUCCGCGUUCCCGGCCGUUCGCACCUCGCCGGCUGAGACGGAGACCACCAUCCUCGUGCCGACGCCGAUGUACUCGUCCACCUCGUCGCACUCGGAUCCCGAGAGCAUUGCCGAGUCCAGCCCGCACCCGCCGCCGAUGAAGAAGAAGAAGAAGGCCAAGAAGCCGGCCGCCCCCGCCACCUCCGACGCCGACGGCGAGGCCGAUGCCGACGGGGACGCCGACUACGAGGAAGGCGGCGCGCGCGCGCUCCCGCCGGGCACCGUGCGGCGGUGCACGCACUGCCAGAUCGAGAAGACGCCGCAGUGGCGCGCGGGUCCCCUCGGCCCCAAGACGCUCUGCAACGCCUGCGGCGUGCGCUACAAGUCCGGCCGCCUCUUCCCGGAGUACCGCCCGGCGGCCAGCCCCACCUUCGUGCCGUCCAUCCAUUCCAACUCCCACAAGAAGGUGGUCGAGAUGCGCCAGAAGGCUACACGGAGCGCCGACGCGUCCUGCGACCUCCUGCAGUACAUCCGCCGCCGGGACUAA